AUUCCGCAUUUUUGUUGUUAGAUUUAAUCUAUCUUAUCUAGUCUAGAUCUAUAUAGAUCUAUAUAGAUCUAGAAUCCAGGUCUAUGUAGUCUAGAUCUAGACUCUAGGUAAAUAUAGAUCAAGACUCUCGAUCUAAAUCUAGUUCUAUAAAGAUGUCUUCUGACAUAGAUUUGUCAAGUAUCCAAAUAGUUGACGAGACUCACGAAAAAGCAAGGGCAAGGAAAGAAAAAGAAACGUACACAGAGUUUGCAGAAUUGCACCGCAGUCAACUUAUCAAUUCAGGCGUGCCUGAAUUAUACUGGCCUAAACUUUUUAACAAGCUAUCCGAAGAGAUUUAUGAUGCUGGCAAUGCCUUUGAAAUGAAACAAGUUCUCCUAAUGAAUGAAACUGAAGAAACUAUUGGGUCUCAUUGGAUAGUGUGUGCUACAUCAUCAGUGUGCAUCUAUGAACCACAACACAUUUAUUUGAUUGAUCAUGCAUGGACAUAUAAUGGUAGCAGUGCAGAAGAUGACCUUAAAAAAAUACCUGGAUUGCUUGAAAGAAUGGCAGCCUUAAUGGAUAUUGAGACAGAAACUAAAACCAAAAAAGAGCUUAUUGACACAGUUUUAGAAACAAUGUGGCAAUUUAACCAGACUUAUAGAUUUGGAAACUUUGAACUGGGUUCUGAUGAUUCUAUGCCUAAAUGGUAUAUUAUGGAUGAAUUUGGUAGUCGUAUUCGUCAUUCUGAAGAACCAAAUUUUCGUGUGGUACCUUUCUAUCAUAUCAAUUCUGGAUUAGUUUACUCUAUCAUGUGGCCAGUCAGAGAGAUUGAAGUAGGAGAUGAAAUUACCCGAGAUUAUAUUGAAGGUGAAACAAAUCCAACUGUGAGAUUAGCUCGGCUGAUGCCUUGGGAGCCUGUAGAUCUAAUGCACAUAAGCUACACACAGGAGGAACCAAGCAUUGAAUAUUUCUCUAGCUACACACAAAUUGAAACACAGCCAUCUCCCAAUAUAAAGUUUAUAGGACCAAAUGAAAGCAAAAAGCUUAAAGUCUUUUUAGAGUAUGAUAAAUUUUCAGCACAUUUAACUGAUCCAAGGUUUGAACUUGUAGACAAUCCAGAUGAUGCUGACAUACUUUGGUAUUUCCAACACUUUCACCAAUUUUAUGAACUUAGUUUAUCUCGUCCCAACUGUAUGGUCAACCAGUUUCCUUGUGAGAAUGUCAUUACUGUGAAAGAUUUGCUGGCUAUAGUUGCAAGGAGAGCAGCAAAGCCCAUCAAAGCUGAAACAUUGAGUUCAAAUCCUAAAUGGUUGCCAGUCACAUAUAAUUUAAAAACAGAGUUAGCAAAGUUUGUUUCCUACUACCAACAUCGAGAGAAGAGGGGUCUUGAUAAUUUUUGGAUAUGCAAACCUUGGAAUUUAGCCCGUGGACUUGACACUUACAUUUCCAAAAAUUUAGCACAGAUUGUACGAUUGCCUGAUUCUGGACCUAAGGUUGCUUGUAAAUACAUUGAGAAUCCUGUACUCUUUCAUCGAUCUGAUGUUGAAGCUGAUGUGAAGUUUGACAUUAGAUAUUUGGUUUUGUUAACAAGUAUAGAACCUCUACAGUUAUUUACUUAUCAAGUCUUUUGGCUGAGAUUUGCUAACAAGCCAUAUUCUUUGAAUGAUUUGUAUGACUAUGAGAAACACUUUACUGUAAUGAACUAUGUUGAAGGAGCUGAGACGAAGCUCAAACAGAUGCAUUAUAAUGACUUUAUUCCUGAAUUUGAGAAGCAAAAUGAAGGCUUUUUUUGGAAGGAUAUUGAGAAGGAUAUCUUCACUAUGAUUAAAGAACUCUUCCAGGCAGCUACAAAACUCCCAGCUCCACAAGGCAUUGGUAGAUCUCCACAAUCUCGUGCUAUGUAUGCAGUUGAUUUAAUGCUGGCUUGGGAUACAGAUUCUUCCGGUAACAGAGUGGUGCAGCCAAUGCUGUGUGAAGUCAAUUUCAGUCCAGACUGUGCCAGAGCAUGCAAAUACCACCCAUCUUUUGUCAACGAUAUAUUCAGUGUUCUCUUUCUCAAUGACACAGAUAACAAACAUGUUGUAGAGUUGUGACCUCAACACAUUGUUUUUGUUUACUAAGUUUAUUAAAGCCUAAAACAAAAGACAUACAAAAUAUUGUUGUUGUUUUUUCUCUAUUGAUAUGCAUUAAUGUUAAUUUUAUGCUUUUUGUUUCCUGGAUAUUUGUUUACAUGAUUCAAUCUAUGUGAAGGUUUAUUUAAUUUACUAGAGGGUAAGAAAAAAUAAAUGCACAUUUUUUUUUGUCCAAGUUGUGGUUUGGCUCAUUUUAAUUUUUUUUUACACAAUAUUCUAUUUCAAUGUAACCAAAGUAGAAUAUAACCACCAAGAGUACCGUUGCUUCUCAGUCAGAACUUAAAGUUAAUAAAAAGAUCCAAGAAGGUUUGAGUAAGUUAAAUAGUAAACAAUUGUUUUUGACUUUUAAAUUAUUUGUGUUCACGUGUGGCUCUGCCACUUUUAGAGAUCGGAUGGUAGAGUGGUUAAAUGCUUAGAUGCCAAUUUGAAAGUUAAUAAGUUCAAGUCUUAUUAAAAGCAGUAGGAUUUUUAUUUUUGUGAAUUCUGGGUAUGGUCUGAUGAUCAUUUAGAUUGAACCUGACAUCAGCAAUUGCUUUGGUUCCUGCAGGAAUGGGACAACCCUCCCCCCCCCCUCCCCCUUAUCCUUUCCAUUUGAUAUUUACAAAUGAUUGCCCUAUAUAUUACUUUACCUGUUCAGGCCCGCUCCACUUGCUGAAUUUUGAAUUUGGGAAGUUACAAAUAGCAAUACAUAAUUCCAAUUUAAACAUAUAGUUUUAUGCUAAAGUAAAUGCUAGAAGCCACUAAAAUUGUGUUUUUCUAUUAUCUAUCAUUCUAAACUCAAUUAAUAAAUCAAUUUAGAAUCACUUUUCAUGUUGUUUUUUUUUUUUAAUGUGGUAAAAAAAAAGGGGGGGGGGGUGUCAAAUUUUUUAUCAUUGAAAACAUUUAUAGCCUUUUUAAAAUUGGAAUUCUGAAAUAAUAAGGUUCUUGAUCAGUGGCGUCAAUAGGGUGGAUGUCACCCGGUGCUGUCAACUCAGGGUGUCACCCCCGCCCCCCCCCCCCCCC